CACUGACUGACAAAGAACGGAGCGCUAGAAACUUUUCAGAAAGCACAGAUUAUCUCAAAGUGGUUGCAUCUAAAAUGGUAUCGAUUAAACGGUUGACAUCUCUGUUCUCUGUGUCUUGGGAGCAGACGCUCAUAUGUCUGGGCAGUUUGUUCGUUACACUCUUCAUUUUGCUGGUAAUUCGCCAGCUCGUAAAGCAGCGGAGACCCCGAGGGUUUCCCCCUGGACCGACACCUUUACCCAUGAUAGGGAAUAUUCUGUCCCUGGCCACAGAGCCUCACGUCUACAUGAAGAGGCAGAGUGAUAUCCACGGACAGAUUUUCAGUCUAGACCUGGGAGGAAUCUCGACUGUUAUUCUAAAUGGUUAUGAUGCCAUUAAAGAGUGCCUAUAUCACCAAAGUGAGGUUUUUGCAGAUCGUCCAUCCCUCCCUUUAUUUCAGAAGAUGACAAAAAUGGGAGGCCUUCUGAACUGCAAAUACGGUCGAGGCUGGAUGGAACACCACAAACUGGCCGUGAACUGCUUCCGCUUCUUUGGCAGUGGUCAGCGGAUGUUUGGGAGGAUUUCUGAGGAGUGCCUGUUUUUUCUCCAUGCCGUUGAGCAGCAUCAGGGGAAGCCCUUUAACCCUAAGCAUCUUGUGACCAAUGCUGUGUCCAACAUCACCAACCUCAUUAUCUUCGGGCAACGUUUCACCUACGACGACAGCGAUUUUCAACACAUGAUUGAGAUCUUCAGCGAGAAUGUGGAACUGGCAGCCAGUGGCUGGGCUUUCCUGUACAACGCCUUCCCCUGGAUGGAGUACGUGCCCUUCGGGAAGCACCAAAAGCUCUUCCGCAACGCCAACAAGGUCUACGACUUCCUUCUGCAAAUCAUCAAGCGCUUCUCGCAGGAUAGGGUACCCCAGUCGCCGCAACAUUACAUUGAUGCCUACUUGGACGAAAUGGAGCAGAGCGCCACCGAUAAAGCUACAUCUUUCUCUCAAGAUAAUCUCAUUUUCUCUGUUGGAGAACUCAUCAUUGCGGGAACAGAGACUACCACAAAUUGUCUGCGCUGGGCUAUGCUCUACAUGGCUCUGUAUCCCAGGAUACAAGAAAAGGUCCAAAUGGAGAUCGAUUGCAUCCUGAAUGGCAGACCACCUGCUCUUGAAGACAAGCAGAGGAUGCCGUAUGUGGAAGCAGUGCUGCAUGAAGUCCUGCGCUUUUGCAAUGUUGUCCCACUGGGCAUCUUCCGCGCUACGUCUCAAGAUGCGGUGGUGCGUGGCUACACUAUCCCCAGGGGCACCAUGGUCAUCACUAACUUGUACUCGGUGCAUUUUGAUGAGAAGUACUGGAGUGACCCAUCCAUCUUCUGCCCAGAGCGGUUCCUUGACUGUAAUGGCAAAUUUGUCCGGCAUGAAGCGUUUCUUCCUUUCUCCAUAGGUAAGCGGCACUGUCUGGGAGAGCAGUUGGCCAGACUGGAGAUGUUCUUGUUCUUCACCACAUUGCUCCAGAGGUUCCAUCUUCAGUUCCCCGAAGGCUUUAUUCCAAGCCUCUCUCCGAAACUAGGCAUGACCCUUCAGCCUCGAUCGUACUCCAUAUGUGCCAUCAGGAGACAGCAGUAAACCUUGCCCCGUGAGCUCUGGAACACAUGCACUCACCUCAGGGGAUCCUACUAAGAAAAGCAAACGGCAGAGCAGUUCCCCGUCUUAAAUUCCAUCAGCGGGGAAUACUGACCUCUGAUAUUGACUUGUUAAAUUCUCAGAACGUGUCCUCCAUAGUUUCACAGAACCCAGCCUGAGAGUGAUAAGAGUACUGCUACAGAACACAUGCUCGGGAGAGCAAAGAAUGAGCACGUGUGUUACCCAACGAGAAUGUACAUGAGGGUAUCAAGAUAAAUGUAGCAUGUAUCUUUCAUAACUUGAACCAAUAAGUGUACUGUGUAGCAAACCGAACGUUGUGCUUGUCAAUAUGAGAAGAGCUUUUGUGUCAAUGAUUGACAGGGUUUAACUCUAUAAUGAUUUUGAGGUCUGUCUUUUCCAGCAUUCCUUGAAUUCCCCCAUUUCUGGAGUCGGGCAAGUGAGAGGAGAACAGCUCCCUUUCCCAGAAAGUUUUGGAAAUGCUUGAUGUCUCCCAUUGGUUUAAUGCCAUAUAUCAAUUCUGCAAUAACGGCCCUGUCCCUAGUUUAUCUCAGUGGAAAGAGACUGUCCAGAAAUUUGAGCUGCAAUAUUUCUGACAGAAAAAAAAUGGUGCUUUCAUGAAAAGCUGGACUCCAAUAUACAUUUUAUAGCUCAAUAUUAUUUUUAGUUCACUUUUAACAAGCUUUUUUUGCAUGUUGUGAUAAAAAAAAAGA